AUGCAUAUUACAGCACUAGGAACAACUCUUCACAUAACUAUUCCAAUGGCAGGAGUCGCCGGUGUGAUCAUUACAACCCCACAAGUGCUGGCAUUAGAAUCCCCCAGAAAGUUACAAUCCGUCAAAUUCUCGUUGCUAAACAAUCCAUGGAAGAGGUGCACCAAAUUUGGAUGGGGUAGGAUGUACGUCCAUCCAGUGGCCGCAACACCAGAGGGCAUUUCGGAGAAGGUGGCAGAGAGCGUGAAGAAAGCCGAGGAAGCCUGUUCCGAAAACCCCGUCGCGGGCGAGUGCGCAGCGGCGUGGGACGAGGUGGAGGAGCUGAGCGCAGCGGCCAGCCAUGCCAGGGACAAAAAGAAAGACUCCGACCCCUUGGAAGAUUACUGCAAGGAGAACCCGGAGACUGAUGAGUGCCGCACUUACGAUAAUUGA